AUGCAAUCCCAAUUUCGCAACAAUCAUCAAGGGCAUAACAUUGUUGCCAACUCUUCCUCUACUAUUAGGAAUCGAAGAAAUUCGUUGAAUCAAAACAAAACAGCAACAAAUAAUAACAACAGAAAAGCAAGUGAUGAUAUUGCGGAUUUUAAGGAACGAUUAUUACGAUAUCAAGGAAUUGUUCUUGAUGAACAACAACCAACAAGUUCAAAGGAGGUAACGGUCCAAUCAUCCCUAACUACGGAAACAUCAAGACCAACCGCUAAAGAAGCACUUAUUAAAGAGGCUCAACAGCUACUUACUGAGGAUAGUAUUAUCAUUUCGCCUUCAAAGUCCUUUUUGUAUAAUACAUCAAAGAUAUUCGAUGAUUCCAUGCUGUUGGAUGACACAGAGAUCAAUGAGAAACCAUCUCAUCAGCCCAAAGAGAGUCCCACUAUUGCUGAUAACAGCACUAGUCGAGUCCAAGAUCAAAAAUCAUCAACUACUCCUAAAUCUUUAAAUCAAACAACGAGUAGCAUGACACCAAUUAAGUUAGUUUCUCCUCGUAUUGUGGACACAAUCAUGGCACAACCUGAAAGAAAUCCUUUAGAAGUGGAACGACAAAAGCUGGUCGACGAAAGACUGGAGGAUGUGCAGGCUCAGAUUUCUAAAUUAGAAAAAGCAAUAUCAAUAUUAGAUCACAAAGAAAUGGAGGUGAAGAAUGAAAAAAGGGAGCAAUGUGAAGCAAUCAAAAACGUAAUCAAGGACGCUUCCUCAAAAUUAGAUGCAACCUUUUCAAAAAUAGGUGCACUUCAAAAAAAGCAGGAUAACGACUUGAAUUUUUUGUCAAAAGAACAAAAACAGUUGAAAGAGGUUCUGCAUCAAAUUGAUACCAAACGCUUCAAAAUGAUGAAAGAACUUGAAGGCUAUACAAAAAGUCACAAAGACACAACAUUUACCGAUUUUGACCACCUCUUUACUGAAAGGCAACAGAAUCUACAAGAAAUAGAACAACAAUUAAAUGGUGCUUUACAUGAACAAGAGACAUUAUUGAAAGAACUUGAAGACAUGGAGAUAGAAGAACAGGUAUGGUUGGGUCAAAUAGCUGAGAACGCAGCAAUUUUGGUAGGAAGCGCUCUUACAGAAGAACAACAACAAAAUUUAUUGACCUUGGUAAAGAGAGAGAAGGAAAUUAGUUUAAGGGUAGAACGACUAAAAGAAAAAUAUCCACACGAAAUAUUGUUGAUAGAUUUAAAAUAUACCUUUAAAAAAUCUGUCGAUAGCUUGACCCAGGCAAAAGAGGAGGCUGAACGAAGAAGGUUGGAAGUGUGUCAAAGAAUAGAAUCUAAGAGAGUUGAGCUUGAAGAGUUAGAAGCUGAAAAUAUGAAAAUGAAAAACAAGUAUACAGAAAAUAAGGAGAAUCUUCUUUCCGUAUCUAGAUCUGAAAGUGAGAAGAUCAAAAUAUUAGAUCAAUUUACUUCCUCCCUUAGAAAGGAAGUAUCAGAAUCAUCUGCAGUCCUGGAAAGAGCUAAAGGUCUACGAGAAGAAGAAAUGGACCUCAAGGCUUUCAGUAAUGUGGUAAACAUGUUUAACGCAGAGGUUUUGUCACUUCUCUCCAAAGAACAAAGCGGUGAUACUGGCGAAGUUUCUAAAGAAAUGAAAUCGCUAGUUCAAAACGCUCUCCUUGUGAAUGCAUCUGAAGAUUUAACUGAAGACGCUAAUAACGAACAAGAUCUCGCUGACCUCAAAAAACAAGAAUUUGAGCGAUUAAACCUAUUCUCAAAUAUGGUGAGUGAUCUAGAGCAAGCAAUAGGCUCACUCGUAAAGGAGCGAACCGAGUGCGAUCAAGAAAUAGAUCGAUGUAUUACUGAGUUACAAGAGUUAGAGGAAUCACUUUUAAAGAACAAAGAAACAGCAGAAAAGCAGAUAGCAGACCAAUUAAAACCGUAUUCGGGAGACGAUCUAAAACAAAGAGAGGAAGUGUUUGCACGAUGUGAAAUGUUUGUGACCUCACUCAAUCAAAUCAAAGAUGUUGUAGACAAAAUUUCAAGAAAAUGCAGUUGUGAAAGUGUGAAUAAUUUCUUAGAAGCGUGUAAUAAUGUUGAAUCACAGCUGAGACAAAUACUUCAGAGGAAAAACGAAAAAUCUAACCUGUUAAGAGAAUGCUUAGAGAGGGUGGAAUCAUUGCAGCAUAGUAAAAAGAUCUGUGAAGAGAAGAUGGAGAAGUUAUUGACACAACAUCGAAAGCAACAAAACGAAAAAGCCAAGAAGCAAGUGCAAAUAGAAUCUAGGAGAGCAGAGCUAGAACAAUUGAUUGCUUCAUUGGAAGAAGAAAGAAAAAACAAAGUGGUGGAAGUAGACUCCGUCUGCAAACCAAUAGAUGUGUCAAUUACCAAACUAGAGCAAGAAAUACAUGAGCUAACACUUGUCGCACAAUCUCAAAAGAAAGCACUCAACUCUUUGAAACGCGAAUUAGAGGAGGUUGAGGCAGUUUUCACAGGAAAAGUAUCACAAAUUCGAGCUCAACGACAGCAUUUAAAACAUAGAUUAGAUCUCAAACUCCAAGCAGUUGAAAAUGUAAAAAAGAGUGGAGCUGAAAUCAUCAUGAGAUCUAUUAAGCCUUCAAAAUCUAAAGAAAACAAGCUAAAUAAUUCGACGUCUUGCUCGUAUUACAACAUGUAUAUGAAGAAAAAAGAUCCAAACAUUUUCAAUGACACUCCCAUUGAAGAUGAAAUAUUUAGAGCGCUCGAAGAGGAGUCUAAAGAACAUGAGCAACAAACAACGAAUGAAGUUUUGAGCACAGAAGAACAUCUUUUGAAUAAUCAUGACAGCUGUGAAGAUCCUGUGAAAGAAGAUCAUCAUUACAGUUCAGAAGUGAAAUAUUUGUCGUCCAACGUUGAUACCACUGCCACUGAUGAAGAAACGAUUCAAUCCCAACCCACCACUCCUUCGACAUUCAAAUCGUCAACAUUACCCUUACCAACCGUUUAUCCAUCCAGUUUACCAAAAACUACACAUGUCAAACAACAAGAUUUGUUUGUGACAAAACGAUCCUCCUUCAAGCUAUUUGGACCAAAUUCUAAAGCGCUAGGUAGAGACGAUAUACAAUUUAUUUUGGAAAAGUUUCAGUUCAUGUGCAAUGGUAGCUUGCUACACAAGAAAAAGAGUAACAAUGAAUUUGUGCUUAGACACGUUUGUCUGUCUCAAGAAUUUACUCGGCUAUUGAUAAGAGAUAACAAGAAGAAGGUUCCAGAGUCGUUCAUCAAAGUAGAGCAUAUUCAAAGUGUCGUUGGAAAUAAGGACCAACAUGUGAAAAACUUGGAUGGUGCAUUUACCUUUGUGAUGAAAACAGAUACUAAAAAACAUGAAUUUUUGACGUUUGAUGAACUGGAUGCCAUGAACUGGAUUGAGGGUUUGAACUUGCUAAUUGAUAACAAACAGAACUUGUUUUCAUUGAAGUACAACAUUAGAGAUUUGUUCAACAACAAUUAA